AUGUAUAGUCGUGAUAAAAAUCAAAAUCCUUCUCCAACUUUUCCCUAUCCAGUACCUUCGGCAUCCUCACCUGUGUCAUCUAUUUCAAUCGGCUCUGUAGAAAAAAUUGAAAAAUCAGAUUCAGUACCUAAGUAUGAUGUUACUAUAAAGCACGCUGAUGAAGAUGCAAUUAGUGACGUAACAACCAUUGAAGAACCAGAUUCACUGCUAGUACCUCAAGCUAUUGUACAACAUGCUAGUGAAAAUCAAAUUAGUGACGUAACAGAAAUUGAAAAAGCAGGUUCAGUAUUUUUGUCUCAAAUUAUUGUACAACUUCAUAAUGACAAUACAAUUAUUGAUUUAAUACCAAUUGAAACAUCAGGCCCACUGCCUGAGUCUGAUACCCUUAUGAAACACGCUGAUGAAGAUGCAAUUAGUGAUGUAGCUCUAAUUGAAGAAGUAAAAGCACUACUAGUGUCUCCAGUUAUUGUACACAAUGCUAAUGAAAAUUCAAUUAAUGACGUAACAGAAAUUGAAAAAACAGGUGUAGUGCUUAUGUCUCAAGUUAUUAUACAACAUGAUAAUGACGUCGAAACAUCGGCAACAAGUGAAGAAAAUUUUGUUGAAGUACGGACUGCAGAAUAUCGAGUUAUACGCAUAGAUGAAGCUAAUAGAAAAACAAACCAUAUGGCGUCCACGACAGAAAUUACGGAAGACCCUUGGCAAGAUUCAGCACUCUCGCACUCAUUAUUCUACAGUAACAAUGUUGCCUGA